CAUGCGCAAGCAUUUCCCAUAAAGUCAGCCAUGUUGAAUUUAUCGUUCCAUUCAAGUUCCGUUUUCCUAAAUACGUCGAGAACGAAUUACGAAUGAAUGAAAGUACUGUUUUGUAAUUCAACCGACGUUACUUAAAUCAUUCCACAAAAGAUGAUUCGUACAUACGAGUUUGAAAACAUUGUUAGACCGUGAAAGAAUAAGUGGUUUGAAAAAUGAAAGUAGCUACCAUUAGGUAACGAAACGGUAAUGGGAGCGUGGCUGUGAAAUUUAAAGGUCGUCAGUAUAAGUGUGAUUUUUUGUUAUCGCCGACUCGAAAAUGGAGGAUUUUAACGACGGUGUCGACGGUAAAUUGGCUUUCCGAAUGCGGAAAGUCAAUCCCGAACAAUUCCAUACACUCGUAAAAAUGCAUCUGUCCUUCGAAUUGGACCUCAAUACCGAGGACAACGACUGUGUCAAUGAGAAGGCUAAACUGAAAAAGUGGGGCCUUCUGAGUUUUACGAAGAAACCUAAGUCGACUAUCAAUUUGCAAAAAAGCGAAGGUGCUUGUUUAACUGAGGACGGGAUAAAUCAAGUUAAACAACUAAUAGAAUAUUUAUCUAAAGAACAAAAUAUCGUUCAAGAAGGUAUAUUUAGACGCACUGGUAAGUUAACGAGGCAACAAGAUUUAAAGACUGUAAUGCACCAAGGCAUUCCACUGAAUCUCAACGAUGGUCGAUACAGUGUACACGAUUGUGCGUCGGUAUUAAAAGGUUUCCUGGCUGAACUACCUGAACCUUUGUUAUCUGACUUGCAUUAUCCUGCUCAUUGCCAAAUAGCUGAAUUGUGCAGCUCCGACUUAGAUGGGAAUGAUGCGAGAUUGCUAAGAUCUUUGCAAUUACUGUUGCUUCUUCUACCAUCCAUAAACAGAGUCCUGCUUAAAUGCGUGUUGAGUUUACUAAAUAAGACAGCCAGCUUUGAAUCUAAUAACAAAAUGAAUUGCGAUACGCUCGCUACUCUUUUUACACCGCAUUUAAUGUGCCCAAGAAAAUUGUCACCUGAAGCGUUACAUAUUAAUUCCCAAAAUCUGUCGUGUCUGGUUGCUUUCAUGAUUAAAAAGGGGAAUGAACUGUUCGAAAUUCCACCGAAGCUAGCCACAGAUAUCAGAGCUUAUUGGGUAGAACAAGAGAGGAAGUUACUCAGUCCUACGAGCGCAAACUUAAAUGAAUCUCUGCCGGAUACAACGGGAACGGCGCAUACUGUGUUCAGUUUCGUAGAUCAUAAAUUAACAGCGAAGGCAAAUUCUACUCAGGAUACCCAGGCGGCUUUAGCACAGCUUUACGCUCACAUACAAGCUAUGCCGGAAUCGGCCAAGAAACGCAGGCUCGUGAAACAAUUUAACAAAGAGAAUGGGCAAGGCACGCCUAGGCAAGCUAAGAACUUUCGGACUAAAAGCCUCGGCGAUUCGAUCAAGAAGCAUAUAUUCCAAAAGAAGAUUUUAGGAUACAAGAAAUUCGAUAUUAAUAUAGGAUGUAACGUCACCAGGUCGAGUAGCGAGGAAAACAUAGUCUCAAUGAAUCUCGAGAAAUCGCUGCUCAAGAGGAAAGUGUUACUUAGUAAAUCGGACGACGAGCUUAGCAUAGAAAACAGCGACACAACUACGGAUAGUCUUAUUCACGCUAAGCAUAUUAGCAAUAGUACCGGAAGCCUGAAUACUCCUAUGUUAAGGAAGUAUAAAGACAAGAAGGCCGUGUUUAUGAGAUUCGUAAAUAUAAAGGAAGAACAAGUAGACGAUCAGUAUCACGAUUGGAACACGUGUAACUCGGAGAAAGGCUCAUACAUAGACGAGUCGGUAAAUUCGAAAGCAAGCGACGAAGACGCGUCUUUACAGCAACGAAUUAACAGCACUGGAUCAAAUAAGGAUACAGCGAGUGAUACACUUAGAUUAUCUAGGCAAUCAAGCGAGCCACCGAAUAUGUAUUCCCAGCAAGAUUCAUUGCACGAAACUGAUCAGAAUUCGCUGCACAGGCAAUGCUCGGAACCCACAUUUUCAACGUUAGAUAAAACUAGUAACGAAGACGCGGAAUGCCCGUCGAAAUUACCUGAGAACAAGAGGAUGUUAGGGCAUUCAAAGGAAACAAUGAUGACGCCGCGAUCUAGGAAGCCAGUAAUGAUGGUCUCUGGCUCGAAUCUCUGCAAUCUCGCGUCCGUUGAUAACAGCUGGGAUCAACGAAGCAUACUUAAUAACAUGACCGGGUCGAAUCUCGAUAUCAUUAACUCUAUGAAUACUACUUCAAUUUUGGAGAACACUCAAAAACCGAACAGCACAAACGAUGAAAUUGUCGAGAACGUCGAUUCGGAGGAUAAAGAAAAUUUGAACAUCGACGGGAACUCGAUGGAGAAACAAAGAUUCGUUACGUCGAUCGCGGAGAACUGUUGCGCGGUCAGACAACAGAGCACUAUGUCUAUAACGAGCACGUUCCGAGAAUAUUUACUGUCUAGGAGCGUGUUAACCGCUAGUCCCGUUGAUCUCAGUUUCUCAUCGCGUACAGGAGACUUCGAUCAGUCGGAAUCCGAUUUAAAUAUUUUGCACGAGGACUGUCUCUCCGAGAGUUUGCUUCGUUGUCUAGACGGGGGUCAACCGGAAUCGGACACAUCCGGUAUCGUGUCCGGUGGUACCAAUAGUGCGAACAACUCGUCGGAGAGGAACGACGAGGUAGCGAGUUCGCCGCGAAAACGGGCGACCAGUUUGCAACGCAACGAUUCGAAGAAAUCUGUGAAGGAACGAACGCCGAAGAACUCUGCGCGAGGGCAAGGUUUCAAGCACAAACAGUUAAGCGAAUCGACGUUGAACUCGACCAAAAUGAAGGACGUGUUCCAGGAGACCUCGUUUUGACAUUGUAAUAAUACGCUCGUAGCAUAAGUACACCAAAUUUAACGUAUUUCGAUUCAUUAUAGUGUUCAUACGUUAACUUAUACCUUUACGUAUUUUCUUUUCCGCAUUUUUGUACAUUGUUACGUUUGAAAAAUAUGUUAAGAACCUAUGGCAUUGAUAGGUUUACUGAUUAAGAGCAUUCACAGGUGAAACAAAUUUUCCAAGUAUAAUUUUACAUCAUCAUAUACUUUCCCAGUGAAAACAAGUCGAUACGUGAAUAUGUGAUAUAUUCAUAUUUGUAAAAUGAAUCAUUUUAUACUAAAGUAUACAACAUUUAAUUUAUACGCCGAGACAAAGUUUAUAUAUUGCAUAUUUUGUU